AUCUUUGACAUUUGUCAGCUGACUUGUAUUUUGUGCUGCGUGUGUAGACGAAUUCUUUUCAGUGGAGUUUUAUUGGAAAAUCAGUUAAAAAAGUAUAAGAAAUGUCAGGCAAGGACAGGCUACCGAUUUUCCCAUCUCGCGGUGCCCAGAUGUUGAUGAAGUCACGUCUGGCUGGUGCACAAAAGGGUCAUGGUUUGCUCAAGAAGAAAGCGGAUGCAUUGCAAAUGCGUUUCCGUAUGAUUUUGGGUAAAAUUAUUGAGACUAAAACUCUUAUGGGCGAUGUUAUGAAGGAGGCCGCAUUCUCGCUUGCCGAAGCCAAAUUCACCACUGGCGACUUCAAUCAGGUGGUCCUACAAAAUGUAACCAAGGCACAAAUCAAGAUCCGCACAAAGAAAGACAACGUCGCCGGUGUAACGCUGCCAGUGUUCGAAUCAUACCAGGAUGGUGCUGACACCUACGAAUUGGCUGGUUUAGCGCGUGGUGGUCAACAAUUGGCUAAAUUGAAGAAGAACUAUCAGAGCGCAGUAAAACUUUUGGUUGAGUUGGCAUCGCUGCAAACAUCAUUCGUAACACUGGAUGAAGUUAUUAAAAUCACCAACAGAAGAGUGAACGCCAUUGAGCAUGUCAUUAUUCCUCGCAUCGAUCGCACACUCUCCUACAUCAUCUCCGAAUUGGAUGAAUUGGAACGUGAGGAAUUCUAUCGUUUGAAAAAGAUUCAAGAUAAGAAGCGUAUCGCGCGUAAAAAGGCCGAAAACCUUAAAGCGGAAUUGCUUCAACAGGGCAUCGAUGUGCGCCAACAUGCCAAUAUAUUGGACGAAGGCGAUGAUGAUGUGCUCUUCUAAGCCAUAGAAAUAUUUAUAUGCCACCAUUUAAAAUAAUAUAUAGCAAGAAACUAUUGAUUAUAUUUUGGCUAAUAACACGAUAAAGCGCCAGUUAUUUUUCAUAGGCGAAUAUAAACGUGUUACUAAAUGUGUAUAUACAUAUAUUUGCUAUUUCGUUUGUGUUUUCAAAGUACGCCUAGUUGCGAUAGCUACUAACAAUUUAGCAAAAAUGUACACAAAAAUAAAUUAAAUAUUACAGUUUCAACAGUAUUCACAAAACUUGAAGGAAGAUAAGAAAGUUUUUUUCGCAAAAAUAUUGAUAUGUGUCUGUGUAAACAUAAAACUGCGCUUGGUAUUCAUACGUAUGUUCAUAUAUGAGUUUUGCGUUUAUAAGACAAAUUUAAAAUUAAAGUGCGCAUAUGUAAAUUCUGUAUUCCAUUCGUUAGAUAUUCAACCGCAACGCUACUGUAAUAAUAAUAUUGUACUAAAUUUGAUGUUUUAUGUAAUUAACUUGUUAUUAGAUAUGAUGCUUUUAAUUUCUACACAUUUAGUUAAACUAAAUUUAAAAAACGGCGCUACUGCGUUGAGAUGCAAUACAUACAAGUUCUGCUAAAAGUGUAAGCGUGUAGAAAGCGCUCAUGUUUACUCAGUGUAAUAAACGAUUGCAAUACUUGCAUUACAAAUUAUCGAA